GCGCUCGUUUUGUUAACGCAAAGUGCUAAAAAGCUAUAGGUUUAAUUUCGCCAGCGCGAUGCGCGAGCUUCGCUGUUUGAUGUAUAAAACUGGAUGCGGCUAUAGUUACCCGUUCGGAUUUAUGGCAACAAGGAACGCUGUUAUACAGAAGGAUUAAAAGAGCCUCCCGGGCUUGAGGGACGCCGGUGACAGCAAUACGCAACUUAGCAGACGAUACAUGAAAAAGAGGGAGUGGACCAAAGGCGCAGUUCGAGCACUUGAGCUCCGGCAAUGUUGUGCGCUUGGCUCACACGGCUGGGCGUCCUGAUUGUCGCCGUGAUGUCGUCGAGCAUGGUCCGCGCAACGGGCGUCGGCGGCGCCGACUCGUCUAAAACCGAGUACGGCGUCGACGAAGAGUUCGUGAAGCUCGCCCGAGAGCGCCCGACGUUUGCCGUCUACGUCCUCAUCAACAACGUCGCGUGCGAAAGAUGCCGCAUGAAUGCUUCGUUCCUGGACAAGGCAAGAAAAUGUCUGCCAAAAAGUGUAAACUUGAAAGCAAAGAUUUGCAUGAGAGAAGAACAGUAUCUGCUUGAAUACGGAGACAAUGUAAUGGGAAUUGUGCGUUGUUACGUCAAGAGCUUGCACAUGAAGUUGGAGACGCUCUACUGCCUGUUGAGGGCCAACGAAUUGGCGGAGAACCCUGCUUUGGACAUCGUGCCGACGGCAACACAACCUUCCACACACGUGCCACUAAUACGCUGGCCAAGCCGAAGGCCGUUCCGGCAGAUGCUCGCUGCGGGUAAUGUAUCAGAAAUCGUCGACAAGGAGGCUACGCCUAACCGCGCGGAGCUCGCCGCGGGUGAAUACGAGCUCCAUCCCGACGGUCACCGCCCAUACCGACGCCCCGAUCCAGACGAUGAAUCAACGAGAGGCGGCAGCGCGCCACCAGGGCCAGACGAUUACGAUGACGAAAUAGCCAGGUGGCGAGAGGACUACUGGAAGAAACGCCGCUAUGUUUAUAAUGAGGACAACGAUGGCGAUGUGGUCAAUUCCGCCGCUGGAGAGCACCAUGAGAGCGACCGCCCACCGCGCUGGCAGCAGCACCGUCGCAAGAGCGAAGAGUCGCCUGAUCUGGAAGACUCGAACGGCAGCAGCGAUGAGCGUCAAAAGAGCCGACCCAACCGUCGGCGCGGUGCGGCAGGAAAUGACAGGGACAACUACCGUGGAAGGGCUCCGCAAGGAGGCUACGAGACCGACCAAGACGAUGCCCUGGAGAAUAACCAUGGAAGGAGAGCAGGAGGACCACAAGAAGGCUACGAUGCUGACCAAGGAGGGUCCCUGGACAACAGUGGUAGAAAGAGACCAAGAGGACCCCCAAGAGACUACGAGGGUGACGACGAUAGGGUGCCGGCCAAUGGUCGCAGAAUUAGGACAAGCGGACCACACGAAGGCUACGAGGUCGACCAAGAUGAUGACCUGGACAAGAGGCGUGGAAGGAGAACAGGAGGCUCACAAGGAGGCUACGGUGCUGACCAGUGGGAUGUCCUGGACAAAAGUCGCAGAAAGAAAACAAGAGGACCACCAGGAGACUACGAGGAUUACCGAGAAGGAGUCCCGGCCAAUGGUCGUAGAAUAAGGACAAGAGGCCCACAAGAAAACUACGAAGCUGACCGAGAAGGGAACGUGAACAAGAAUCGUGAAGAGAGAGCAAGAGAAGUGCAUGGGUACGAUGGUGAUGAAAGAGUCCUCAGCGGCAUCCAUGGAAAGAGAACAAGAGAACCACAAGGAUAUUACAAUGAUGAUGAAAAGGAGAUGCCGGCCAAAGGUCGUAGAAGAAAGGCGAGGCGACCUCAAGAAGACUACGAUGCUCAUCGGGAAGACGCUUUGGAUAACAAUCAUGAAAAGAGAAGAGCACCACAAGAUUACGUUGCUGACCAAGAUGGUGUCCCGGCUAAUGGGCGCGGGAAAAUGGCGAAGAGACCACGAGGAGGCUAUGGUGCUGAACGAGGAGGGGCCAUGUCCACUGAUCGCAGAAGGACAACAGCACCACAAGGAAGUUAUGAAGCUGACCAAGAUCUCUCGCAUGAUUGGUCUGGGGGAAUGGAGGACUAUGAAACGCCGUCCUACCUAGGCGGCGGUGGUCCCGAGCGCGACUCUGUAAAAAGUUACGAACACGACAUCGAAGGGCCUUUCUCGACCGUGGACCCGGAUUGGUGGAGGCGCUGGAAAUUGGAAAGAAGACGUGGCCGCGGCACAAGGCUCCCGACGCCAGACACGGAGGAGGAGCCGAGCAACAAGCCUCGUGGAGGAUGGAGCAGGCGUUCAGAAGAAAAUGAUGCGCCUGCAGAAGGCGUCGGCGAUGAAGUGCCUCCUUACAAGCGUACGAGUAGGCCUCGAAAGAAUGAAAAUGAACAAGGCGACGCGCUUCUCGACACGAUCCGUGCCAGAGACGACAGGAGGUCGCAGUCGUCCGGUUUCGAGGACUUCAUCAGAUCUGACGAAGACGACGGCGACGAGGAGCCUCCCGAAGCCAGCGGCUCUGGCCGCGGCCAGCGCAAUGAGAAAGGGGGGAUCCACGAGCAUGCCAACGCUCGGAAGAAGCAGCACGGCGACAAACGCAAUAGCCGUGCUCUGCAGAGUGCGCUGAAGAUUCCCUAGGCCAAGCAACGCAGAAUGACAACAUGCCCGUCAUACGGGAAUCGCGACCCUAUAAGUGACGUUCAUAAUAGCUAGCGAAGACUGAAGGUGUGUCGGGAAAAGAAGAAAUGAGCAGGAAACUUAGGUACUAAUUAAAUGGACAAUAGUCGCUAUA